AUGAAUUUUUCAUACGUCCCUACUUUGUCUUCCCAGUCUGAACACAACCGAAGUCCGACAACCGUUAACAGCGCUCUUGAGAUGUACCCGGGUUUGCAAGGACUAGGGUCGAGAGUUCCGCUGUCGUUGCGUGUUUGGGCUGUGCAACAAGCUGUGUACCAUGCGUUUAGUCUGAUCUUUCAGUUUUGCGACGAGACUGGCGCGAUGCGGUGUUUUAAAGCUCGAAAUGCAGACCGAAAGUCUUAUGCUGGACUGCUUUUGCGUGUUCUGUUUAAUCAAUGCUUCGUGCUAUUACCGUCUAUGAUUUUGGUCGAGUACUGGGGUCUCUGUUUUACGGGCCAGUCUAGCCAGGUUUUCUGGAAACAGUAUCUAAUGGCACCAUUGAUCAUGACUGUGGGACACGACGUGGUGCAGUAUUUUACUCACAGACAUCUGCUGCACCAGCCCAAUGGCAAGCUUACGCGGGCCUUAGGGCACUCGGUUCACCACACAACAGGCGCUACCAAAGCUAUAAGCGCCUGCUAUAUGUCAGCGCCUGAUUUCUUUCUGGAAAUUGUUCUGCCUUAUCUUGUUCCACUAGCCAUUGUGGGCGGUGGUGGGAGGAACACCCUUUUUCACUCGCUCGUCGCCGGUCUCGGUGCCAUUGGCGGGCUGUACGAACAUUCAGGAUAUGACUUUUCUGGGAUCUUUCGAAAAAAGAUCAGUGACUCUACCGCGGUAUCUUUGUUGACUAAUUUCCUCAGUAGCUUCCUCGAUAACAGAUCACACACCGAACACCAUGUGCGAGGUACAGUUUCCUUUUCUGACGGUUUCGGCAGUCCCGGUAUUUGUGACACGAUAUUUGGUACACGUUGGGAUCUCGUUGCCAUUCGCCGAGGAAACACAGUCAAGAAGGAGUAG